GACGUAUCAUCCGACUAAGUUUAAGGAAGGAAGCACGUUAUUUUCUACUCUACUACGCAGCCGACGGAGCCGGUAGAAGGACAAAAGCGGGGAAGUUAGAGGUUGUUGUCACAGCUCUCUUAUUUGGCUCAGCAAAACACCCGAAAGAAACUAUGACUGGAGGAGACAUUGAAAAGGGAAAGAAGACCUUUGUCCAGAAGUGUGCCCAGUGUCACACUGUAGAAAACGGUGGGAAGCAUAAAGUCGGACCCAAUCUAUGGGGCCUUUUUGGACGCCAAACAGGCCAGGCACCUGGCUACUCUUACACAGAUGCGAACAAAACUAAAGGCAUUACAUGGAAUGAGGAAACCCUAAAUGUAUAUCUGGAGAAUCCAAAGAAGUACAUUCCUGGGACAAAGAUGAUCUUUGCUGGCAUCAAAAAGAAGAACGAGCGUGCCGACCUUAUCGCAUAUCUUAAAUCAGCCACUUCAUAAACAGAGCUUCCUCUGCGCUACUUUAUCCAUCUUUGAGUCUUAAAAUAAACCACUAAGAGGUUUUCAUUCCAGACUAAAGCAAAGUAGGAACCAGCUAAACUGAAUUUGAUUAAAUCGUCACAUUUGUUGAAACUGUAUGAAAUUGUGAUGUCUAUUUAUCCCAUUUUAUGAUUGUAAAACAAAACUUCCUGCUAUUAAAAGAUAUAUUUUUCUAAUG